AUGGGCCGCCCCUCUGGACUUCUGCUGAGCAUAUCGGCUUUACUUGCCGCUGUUCUCAGUCCCGCCGCAGCUGCAAAAAAUGGGUCCACGCUCUUCAAAGGAGGAACGAUCAUCGCGUUCAAUGAAAAGAAGCAGGACCUGGACAUCAUUCGGGGUGGAUCGCUGCUGAUCUCUGACGGCAUCAUCAGUGCAAUUACGGAGGGCGCCUAUGAUAAGCCUCUGCCACCUGGUACAGAGAUAGUGGAUGCCACUGGGGACAUCCUGACUCCGGGCUUCAUCGACACGCACCGCCACGGCUGGCAGACAGCAUACCGGACCAUCGGCUCCAACACCACGCUUGCCGAAUACUUCAAUCGUUACGGGGAGUUUGCUGCUGACGGUAUUUGGUCUGCCGAUGAUGUCUAUGUUAGCCAGUUGACUGGGUUGUACGAGGCGCUCAAUGCGGGAGUCACCACAACUUUGGACCACGCCCACCACACCUGGUCUAAGGCCACCACUGAUGCUGGUGUCCAAGCCUCCAUCGACAGUGGUGCACGUGUGUUCUGGUGCUUUGGCUUCCAUAACGUGUCCAACUUUCCUUUCGAGCAGCAAUUGGCAAAGUUCCAAGAACUUGCAGAUAGUCGUCGGUUCAGCGGCCAGGCGAGCUCCCUUGGUAUUGCUUAUGACGCUUUCAAUCCUGGAAGCGCUCAACAGACGGAAAGCAUCAUUCAGCUUGCCAUGGAUUAUAACGUCUCGGUCGUCACAACCCACUCGCUUCCUAAGGCCUAUGGGGUAUCUCUGACAAUGUGCGCAGUCAUCAACUCGCCUGAGGAUCUUCAUGCAUUGGGAUUUCUUAACAGUUCUGUUCCAAUUGUUUUCUCCCAUGCGAGCUUCUUAACGCCGACGGGGGCAAGACUGCUUAGGGAGACAAACCAGUACAUAUCGAUCACUGCCGAAUCGGAGAUGCACUACGGCCAUGACCACCCCUACAACCACAUGAUCCAGGAUCAGGCCUCUCUGGGGGUCGAUACUCACUUCACAUUCUCUACGGACAUUCUCACCCAGGCACGCAUUUGGUUGCAGUACGUGCGUCUGACUCUUUACCGAUGGCUUGCUCAGAACUAUGAGGUGGCGACAAAGAACCCGAUGUCUGUUGACCAGGCCUUCUUGCUGGCCACUCGGAGCGGAGGACUGGCCCUUCACCGACCCGACUUAGGUGUCCUCUCGGUUGGUGCCGCUGCUGAUGUGGUCGUCUGGGAUGGUUCGAGUCCGGGAAUGCUCGGGUGGCACGAUCCAGUUGCCGCGGUGAUGCUACAUGCCGGUGUAGGCGACGUCAAGCACGUCAUGGUUGACGGGAAGAUGAAGAAGAGGGACGGCAAACUUCUCGUCCCCAAGUACCAAGACUUGCAACGCAAAUUCGUGGACGUUGCGAAGCGAAUCCAGUCAACCUGGCUGGCUAUGCCGCCUACUGUUCUUGAGGGAGAUUUCGCCAUGUCGGGUUAUCCGCUCGCGGUUCCUCCUCUGGCCGAUGUUGUUCGAGGAGAUGAGUCUGGGUACUGA